CGGGUACGCGGGUACCGACCCAGGGUGUCGUGGAAAAUGUCACGUACCUGGAGGGUGAGCCCAUCCUCCCGUCUUUUCUGCUUCUCCUUCGUUCCCUUCUUUUCUCCCCUCUCUCGGUCAGUGAACCCUCUCGAAGACCUGAUGCUCUUCAUCGUGUAAUCCGUCAUUCGCUUGGAUACCCUGCCUAUCUGCACACGACAACACUCGCUUGGUUCUGAAGUUAGGCCCCGUCUACGAUAUUGCUAGAGCAGUCCGAGUUGCCCAUUCACUGCCUGGCGUUUUGUUGUUUUCUCGGCAUUCGUACGACCACCAACACCCACCACCAGCCGAAGCGGAAAGCGAAAAGGGGCGAGAAUAGUACGGACGGGAAGAGUACGGACGACCGACAGCAACGAAACCUUAAGAGGGCAACCCAAAUAUUGACGUCGGACUCGAGCGAUUACUAGCCGCGUUUCGCACUCGACCCCCUUUCCGAGUCAUAAACCCGCCGCGGUCAAAAUAUCCAUCCCCACGCUCUAUCGAUUAAGACAGGAAGAUGCAGGGAGCUAGGAGCCUUGGUCAAUUUUUGACUGCUGCCCUGGCUUUGGCCCCUCUGGCGUCGGCAUGGCCAAGCUGGCUUCCGGACGUAGAUGCUCUCGUCGUCCGGCAAGAUGACGGCUCGUCCUCAUCCAGGCCCACGCCAACAUCGACCGAAGCAAGGCAGUCCAGACCUACCAGCGAGUCGACAAGUAACCUUAAUCUUAACACCGGCAGAGUUAGCCCGACCAGCAACGACGGAAAUCCCACCGCCACGGGCAAUAGCACUUCUCAAACUACCCAUAGAACCUUCAACGCGAUGGACCCCCCAGGUGGUGUGAACAUGCUUACCCCGGCUCCGAUCGCGGGAUCCACGCUUUACAGAAUCGGCGACCCGACGCCCAUCACGUGGGUCUGGAAUUACACUUCUCUCCAGGGCACUCCGAGCGGCAUCAACGUGCUCGUCUCGUGCUCCGCCGCCAGCGCGACCUGGACCCUGACGCAGAACAUGACCUUCGAGCCGACCGCCACCUUCACCUGGGACACGCUCAAGUACUCGCAGAGCGCCGUCGCCAGCCCGCUGCUGGUCGAGCAGUACACCCUGCUGAUCCACGACGCCGAAUCGUCGGUCGACGCCGUCGCCGAGGCCGGGUACCUGGCGCCGUUCAACAACUACCGCUUCGCCCUGUACACCGCCCGGCCCUAUCAGGACCUCGACGAGUGGAAGUGCGCGACGUGCAGCGGCGCCCUGGGCGACCUCGACCGCCAGGCCCUCAGCUUCGCCAUCUCCAUGACUCUCAUCACCAUCUUCAGCUUCACGUGGUACGUGACGGGCUUCGCCGGGUUAUUGUAGUAGCCCGGGGCCUCGUAUCAAUUGUUUAACCGGAGAAGCACACGAAGGGGGAACAACCAGGUGCCGUAGGACCGGGCGAGACGAUGUGAUAAUUCCCUCUCUGUUUUGAGCCGACUGCACAUAGAUUAUCUUUUGCGGAGAUAUAAUGAGAUGGCAUCGCGAAGGCAGCCGCAUUUUUUUGCAAGUUGUAUGUACGCGCGGCAUGUACGGUAAUCGCGGAGAAAUACGGGAUGGAUGUAACUCAUGUAAUGGCGUUCUGUUUGAAAUUUUCGACGAGCGCGCGCAAUCCUUUGGCACGGAUGGAGAAUAAAACAGGCGAGCCGAAGCCUUCAUAGAAAUCUACGGCAUCUUGGGAAAUGGGGUAUCUACAUCAACACAGCUACAUAGCUCGAAUUAAUGCCAGCAGCCUCGUUAGGUCGUCGUGGU